GUGCAGCAGGAGGGGAAGAAGGAGGCGUCGGUGUCGGACGGCACCAACCAGAACUACACCGUGGGCCUGGUUGCCGUGGUGAUCAGCUGCUUGUCGUCGGGAUUCGCCGGCGUCUACUUUGAGAAGAUCCUGAAGGGCAGCUCGGCGUCCGUGUGGAUGAGGAACGUCCAACUGGGCGUGUUCGGCAUCGCGCUCGGCAUGCUGGGACUUUGGUGGAACGACGGAGACGCCAUCGCCGAGCGCGGCUUCUUUUUCGGCUACACGGGCAUGGUGUGGUGCGUCAUCUUCAACCAGGCGUUCGGAGGGCUGCUGGUUGCCGUGGUGGUGAAAUACGCCGACAACAUCCUGAAGGGUUUCGCCACGUCCUUCUCCAUCAUCGUCUCCACGGUGACGUCCAUCUACCUGUUCGGUUUCCACGUGGACCUGCUCUUCACGGCGGGGGCGGGGCUUGUGAUCGGAGCCGUCUACAUGUACAGCCUCCCCAAAGCGGCGCCCAGCUCCUCGUCUCCUUCCUCCGCCUCCUCCUCGUCCCCUUCCUCCUCCUCGCCCCCUUCCUCGGCGUCUUCAGCGUUGAACGGAGGCGUCGAGAUGGAGGCGUUUCUGCCAAAAGAUAAAGCGCGAGGCGUCGAGUCUCCUCCCCUCGCCGUCUCCAUCACAGACUAAAGCACAACAGAUGGAACAUGAUGAUGAUGAUGAUGAGGAGGAGGAUGAAGACCACCCGUCUGUCUGUUUCCUCUCUGCCUUAAACUCUUGACUUUACUAACUGAAUGAAACGAGGAGAAGCCUUACUGGAUGUAUAUCUGCUGUCUGAUCCUCUGUCUUCACUGAGCAGCUGCAAAUAUACAAUAUUAUCAUUAUUUGCAAUUAAGGAUUUAUUUUUGCUAAUUGAUCUCAGAUUUAUACAAAUUAUUAUUGUAUUUAUUAGUAUUUUUGUAUUCAAAAAAUGUGUUGAAUAAGAUAGAAAGAUAUCCCACAGUCCAACAUUUGAUUUCGUCCAUUUUAUUUUUAUUCUUUAAUGUUAUUUAUAGAUUUGUUUCUUCUAAUUUAGUUACUUUUUUUUAACCGUCUCAUGGCAAGGACAACGCAUGGUAUUAAGGUUUCUAAAAAUAUGUGAAAAAAGUCUCGUCAAAAACGGAGAUAUUUAGGUAAACAAUUCAAAACAACGAAAAAACCAACGAAUAAAAGUAGAAUUUAAAUAUUGACAUUUCUUCCAAAACUCAUAAAUAAAAACAAUAGUGAUGAAUAAAUAAAACUCUGACACAAGAGAGUGUGCAAAUGAAUUUAUUUAGUCGACAAAUCAAAUGUUGGUUUUUCAAGAUACGCAAAAAACGUACGAUUUUUUUUUUUUUUUUUUUUUAAUAGUGAAAAAAGUUAACUGAGAUAUAAGGUAUAAAAGCCAAACAAAGAUCCCCACUUCCAAAGAUCAUACAUAAAUAAAACCCUCAACAUAUCUUGACACAAGAAACAUCUUUCCACACUUCCUACUUAGCGCUGGAAAUAAAAGGAUUUGGACUUUUUGUGUCAACAUUUCUCCCAGGAUUUGAAUAUGAAAGCAUCUUCAGACCUUAUUUCCUGUUACAGUCUCCUGAUGCUCUGUUCGGAGAGUACAAACACCCCAUAAGGAUUUCACGAGACAAUUCUGAGUUCCUGUUCUCGUUUCAGAGCUUCAGACCUGAUUUCAUCUCCUAAAAAUCGACUAUUCGGAGAGAAAAGAGUGCCAAAAACCCUAAUAAUGUUUCAAAUGAAAGUCUGGCUGCCUUAUCUCGCCUUCAAAAAGAUACGUCAUUUCUAUUCGACACUCGGAAGAAGAAGGAUUUCACAGAGACAUUUCUAUGAAUGCUGGAGUUCAGACCUGAUUUCAUCUCCUAAGAAUCGACUAUUCGGAGAGAAAAGAGUGCCAAAAACCCUAAUAAUGUUUAAAGUGAAAGUCUGGCUGCCUUAUCUUCAAAAAGAUACGUCAUUUCUAUUCGACACUCGGAAGAAGAAGGAUUUCACAGAAACAUUUCUAUAAAUGCUGGAGUUCAGACUUGAUUUCAUCUCCUUAGAAAUCAACUAUUCGGAGAGAAAAGAGUCCGAAAACCUCCUGAAAACGUUUUGAAUGAAAGUGGCUCUGCUCAGUGAAGACAGGUCAGAGGUCACGCCCCUCUUGCUGUCGGCGUCGCUCUGAGACGUUUGUUUUCGGUGCCUUUUUGUAUUCAUCUGUACAGAAAGCCAUACGAUUGUUAGCUGUACAGUUCUCUCUCAAACCGCUGGAUCUAAGAACUCUCCGUGUUUCUCUUCGCUCGAAAGGACUCGAAGCGUCUCCUCGGAUCAGCCGCUGUGUUUUGAUACAAAGGAAUGAAUGGUAAUAACGAUGGCUCUCACGUUGGGCGUCCUGUUGAAGAUGGAUGUGUCCGUCGAGCUGCUUCCUGUUGUUCUCGUUUCACUUUGGGAGGAACAGGUUUCGUGUGUUUUGUCUCUGCAGGACACGAGACACAAGAGUCUGUUUUAACGUGUUAGGGCCGCACGAAGUGGAAGAAGCGAUUUUUUUAAGAAGCGAUUUUUUUUUGACUUGUUUUGAGGCUCGGUACCAAACAGGUCCACAAUACUUUAAUUUAAAACGGUAUUGUAACGCUUUCAUCCCAUGUUUUUGUAUUUUCGCACUAGUACAUAUCGCAAUUUUGAUCAAAUUCCCAUUAUUGAGUCGCCAUAGAACCGCCCGAAUUCCAGAUUGUAUGCAUUUUAAUAACCACACAGUUAUUUAUG